AUGUCAUCCAACCGGAUCACUCAGUCAGGUCAAUACGGCUCAUCUCUGGACAACCAACAUGAGCUGUCCCACAUUGAAAGCUACAACGAGGGACAAGCCUAUGACAACUUCGCAUUCGUAAGUGAUUCUUUCGGCAGAAAGAAGAAGAAUACGCUGACCAUGACAAGGNAUAACUCAGGAUGGCCAGACGACAGCAACCUGGGCACAUACGACAACACAAACCAUGAUUAUCAAGACGUCGGUGUCAGCACUCCAGCCUCUCGUCCUAACACCGGAAGCGAUGGCAGCAGAAGAACACGAAGUGGGCGGACUACCAAGCCCAUGGACUCGCCAAUGAGUUCGUCGCGUUCUACUCCCGCAGCCAACAGUCCUCGUGUCGCCGGAGUGAGAAAAAACAGAGCCAAGAAAGUGCCGGAAGCAGAUGUCGUACUCCAGGCACCAUUGAGUGUAUUGACCAAGGAUUCUGACACGCCUCUGAGGGAUAUGGAGGCAUGGGCCAACAGAUCGGUAGAAGAGAGGCUUUCGGAGGUGACCAAGGCCAACAAGAUCGCGAGGCCCAUGAACAGGUUCAUGCUGUACCGUUCCGCAUACGCUGAGCGUACCAAGAAAUGGUGCGACCAGAACAACCACCAGAUCGUGUCGAAAGUGACGGGCCAGAGCUGGAAGAAGCUGGAGCCGAAGGAAAUCAAAGACUACUAUGAUCGACUGGCGACGAUAGAAAGAGAGAAUCACCAGAGAGCAUUCCCGGAGUACAAGUUCUCACCCGCAAAGGCGAUACCAAAGAAGAAGAACCCGAAGCGUAUCUUGGAUUAUCCCGAGAGCGCAUACAGCCACUUCAGCGAUUCGGAUGACGAUCCUGAUGGCGAGUAUCGACCAGGACGACAGGCCAGGCAACCCAAGCAGCCUCCAAGAAUGACACACCCUUACGCCGACAACUACUCGUAUGCAGAUGUGAAGUAUCAGCUUGCGGAUCCUGGAAGAAACUCUGCAUCAUACCAACAAGUGUUGCCAUAUGCAGCCAGUCAGGCACAGAUGUACCACAGCCAUCCGUACUCAUAUGCAGUUGCCAACGGUCAUGGUCAGUACGCAGUGUACCAGCAGGGAGGCGGAGUGCAGCAGAUGCAAGACAAUCGUAUGACAAUGAACGGAACGCCAGCAUCGAUGGGAUCCAGCGGAGCAUUGGUCUCACUGCCUGGUGGGCAGCACCAUGAGCUGUUGCAGUCCAGAGGCCCAACACCAGUUUCGUCGUAUCAACAACCGCAGCACAGAGGCAACUUCAUGGAUCACAACGGACUACUGCUGCACCCCGACCAUACCAAUUACAACCUAGGACAUGAGUUGUCGGGUCUUGAUGCCAACUUCCAGGAUGCAAUGCACGGUGGAUUUGACAUGACUGGGGGCCAGGUGGCUACUGAAGGGACAGUGAACGAUGAGUUUCUUGUGGAUCCACAAUUGGGAGGAAUGCUGGACAAUUCGCCGUACCAGCAAUACCUCGAGUGA